AUGUCCGUAGAGUUGUGGCUUGCUUUGAGACCUUCUGCAUUUCCCCUCCUCAUUUGCAAAAUAUGGGCGUCGAAUUCAGUUCAGCGCAUAGCUUUUAUGUACGAAUCGGUUAGAGUGCAAAAGGUGAGCCUGUCAGAGGUGCUGGACCUUAGCCAGGCUGAGGAAGAAGUGAGUGACAUGUCAGAUGAUGUGAUACACCAUGGCAGCCGAAUGCUGAUUCGGUGGCAGUACCAAACACUAGCGGCCUGUGUGCUUUUCAAUAUCACUUUUAAGAGUUCCGAAGAGUCAAGCUCUCGCGCAAGUCGAACGACUGGGGAUUUUGCAGGAGAACGUCGGAUCCCAGGAGGCACAGGGUGA